UCCUCUCUGUAAAGUUGCUGUAAUUCCUAAAUGAUCAACGCAAAUGUCACACGUAAGUUGUCACAUUGCAAUUUUCACCUCCACCAGAUAUACAUUUUGCAGCUUCUACUCACGAGGGAAAUACUCGAGUCAGCAAAACAAAUAUCGUUUUGGCCACAUGAUGGAGACAAGGUCAACGAAAUUAGAACCUGAGGACUGUCGUGUUAAUGACAUUCCUCACCGUAUUAUUAUUGCUGUCAUUUAUUAUUCGUCGAAAUUACAGUAAAACACACGUUAGGCAUACCUAAAGUUUUUAGACUCUUGGACAGACACUUUUGUUGUCACACAGUUAAACCUCCAUUCAAGACAUGUUGUGAAUAUCUAAUACAUAUCAAACGUUCUUUUAAAAUGUUUAACGCGAAUACUACAGUAUAUCUCAACUGCAUUCAGUCGUAAUAAAGGCGGGGGGGGGGGGGGGGGGGGACUCUGGCGUGUCUCUUUAAGAGUGGGACGAAAGCGUGAAUACAAAUCAAAGAAGCUGUACACAAAACUACCUUCCCACUUGGAUUGCAAAAAUAGCCUAAACUGAAUCAGAUAAUACAGUAACAUGUAAAUCCAAUUCGAUGUGAUUUACAGUCACUGUGGCAUAUUUGAAAUUAUACGUCUGGUUAAAAAAAAGUUUAAAUGUUGCAUUGAGCACUAUCUGUAGGUUUGUGAAUCUUUCACAUUGUGGUAUGUCUCAGCAUUUAGAUAUAGACGAUCUUUGAACGGUACAAAGAUGCCACAGAACUGACGCUAGCGCCUUUAACGCCGUCUUUUAGGACACGAUGUACUACAGAACAAUUCGACAUAUUGAGUAGGGAAUAUAUUCGGGCAUUGUCUUGCCACGAAAAACACCCAAUGCGUCAGUCGUCGUCAGUUUGGAGCAGGCGUGCUGGGCUGUCAGGCACACCGGAACAAGGGCUGACAACAAGUGACACGAACUCGAUUGACAGGAAAUGCACAUCUGCAUUCGUUUAAACCAAUGAGCAGAGAUGAAAUGACCACGUCACGGUCCUGUCACUGGUCAGAUGGACUGGGGGCCCGUCGUCUGACCUUUUGUCUUCAACCCGAGAGGAGCAUCUGUGGUAGACACCCGCGUUUCUUGGGCCUUCAUGCCACAGCUUGGACAACACAACAUUUGCGGCUAUAAAAGGUGGAUUUGCAGAGGAUCGCCUUUCCGGAGCCUGCCAGAAUGCUCCCAUCAAAUGAGUUAUUGCAUAGAGCAGCGCUUGGGCGGCGAGCGCGGCCGUUAUCACUGAACCGUGAGCUCUUUGUCUAAGCUGACUCGACAUAAAAUGAGGACCACAGUGACGGUCGGAGUAUUGCAGCAUCGCGUGUAAAUGAACUCCCAAGUGAUGCGGAGGGAAGAGGAAAACCGUGAAGCGAGCUGAAGUGAGCCUCGGACUGACGACAUCGCUUAAGUUGCACUUGGGAGAUAUUAAUCAGAUGCGCAAGUGUUGCCAUGGGGGAGACGGCAGAAUACCAGAGGCUGCAGGAGACGUCCGAAUCGGACGGCCGCUGUGUAACCGCUGAUGAUGAAGAGAAACUGGGCAAUAACAUGCAGCAGUGUGAGGAAGGCACAGAGUGGCUGCUGGAGCUGCUGAUGGAAGUCCAGUUGCAGCAGUACUUCCUGCGAAUCCGAGAUGACCUCAACGUCACACGGCUCUCGCACUUCGACUACGUCAAGGAUGAAGACCUGGAGAAGAUUGGCUUAGGUCGACCUGGGCAGAGAAGACUGUGGGAGGCUGUAAAGAGGAGGAAAGCCAUGUGCAAGCGCAAGUCCUGGAUGAGCAAGGUGUUCAGCGGGAAGCGUCCAGACGGGGCGGACUUUCCCCAGCAGGGCCAGCCCGCCUCCUCCUACCGCAAACGGUCUCCCACGCCACCCCCGGGCCCGGCGGAUGGGCUCCCGGCCACAUAUCCCGCCGAGGACGUUUCCCUCGAUGUCCAACGGCAGUCUCUGACCUGCCUCAUCCCGGAGAAGGACCUGACGCUCCUGGAAAAGCUCGGCGACGGUUCUUUCGGCGUUGUGAAGAGAGGCGAGUGGCUGACCCCGACGGGGACGAUGAUAAACGUCGCCGUCAAAUGUUUGAAGCCGGACGUGCUGGGCCAGCCCGACGCUCUGGAGGAUUUCAUCUGUGAGGUCAACGCCAUGCACUCGCUGGAUCACCAGAACCUCAUUCGCCUCUACGGUGUGGUGCUCACACACCCAAUGAAGAUGGUGACCGAGCUGGCGCCACUUGGUUCCCUGCUGGAGCGCUUGCGGCGGGUCCACCCGCAGGGCCCCGUUUUGAUCCAGACUCUGUGCCAGUAUGCGGUGCAGGUGGCCUGUGGCAUGGCCUAUCUGGAGCAGAGGCGCUUCAUCCACAGGGAUCUGGCGGCCAGGAACAUCCUGCUGACAUCAGCCCACAGAGUGAAGAUCGGCGAUUUUGGCCUGAUGAGGGCACUACCGAACAAUCAUGAGCAUUACGUCAUGCAGGAACACCGAAAGAUUCCCUUUGCGUGGUGCGCCCCCGAGAGCCUCAAGACCAGAACCUUCUCCCACGCUACUGACACGUGGAUGUUUGGCGUGACUCUCUGGGAGAUGUUCACACAUGGCCAGGAGCCUUGGUUAGGCCUCAAUGGCAGCCAGAUACUACAUAAAAUCGAUAAGGAAAGUGAACGCCUCCCGAAGCCAGACGACUGCCCGGCGGAUAUUUACAAUGUCAUGUUGCAGUGCUGGGCACAGAAAUCAGAGACCAGACCUACUUUUGUAGCCCUGCGGGAGUUCCUACUUGAAAGCAUGCCGACGGACGUGUGCGCGCUGCAUGACUUUAAUGAGCAAGAUAAGCUGCUGAUCCAGAUUGAUGAUGUCAUCACAAUCAUUGACGGCAGAGCCGAGAACUAUUGGUGGCGAGGUCAGAAUAAGCGUACUCUGAAAGUGGGAGCGUUUCCCAGGCACGUGGUGACCUCAGCAGCGGGUUUGUCGGACCAUGACAUCAGCCGACCGCUCAAGAACAGCUUCAUCCACACGGGCCACGGAGAUGCCGAUCCUCAUCGCUGCUGGGGCUUCCCUGACAGGAUUGAUGAGUUGUAUCUUGGGAAUCCAAUGGAUCCUCCUGAUGUUCUUGGUUUGGACCUCGGUGCAGCUCGGCCCACUCAGCUACCAGGGCGAGCUAAAAAAGAGCCUCCUCCUCCUCGCCCUCCUCAACCAGCAGUGCUAUUCAAGAGUAAGUCUGGUUUCUCUCAGCAGCUCCUCACCCAUUGCUCCUGCCCUCUCUGUUCCCUUCUAGCUCCACUCUUCAAAGAGCCUUGUUACGAUGCGGUGGAUCGGGAUGAGGACUUCACAUACGCGGGACCGAAGAGGCGGUCACUUCGGAAAACAAGCUCCGUCAAAGGCCUCAAACUUAGACCGACGGCCUGGAUCUCUUCUUCCAAACGGGGGACGGACAAGACAUUUGAGUCAAGCCACUACCCCUGGAGAGAAGUGUCCCUCAUUGACUUUGGGGAAGACUCGCCCUCGCCCACAUCCUCCCCGUCACCCCACGUUGAAAUUGCAAUCCCCGGUCUCGCAAAGCUGGCUUUGGGAGCAGAGAAUCUCUUGGAUCGGACGCCUCCUCGGAGUCCCUCCAAGUCGUUACCCCGCCCUCUUCACCCCACGCCGGUCUUGGACUGGGAUGCGCGGCCCUUACCCCCGCCCCCGGCGUAUGACGAUGUAGCGCAAGAUGAAGACGAUAUGGAGGUGAGUUCCAUCAACGGCACGGAGCGGCAGCACAGUGGCGAGCAGAAGAAUGAGGAGCUCUUCUCCGGACAGGAAGUGGAGGGUGUGAGCUGUGUUUCUAAACCAGGCCUUGACGAUAACCUCUUUCUCCCCAGCAAGCACAGCCGGGGCCCGACUACCUCUUUCUCCCAAUCUGCCGAAAUAUUCCAGGAACUCCAGCAUGAUUGCAUGAGGAGGCUGAACGUGCCAACAUCUCAGAGUUCUUCCUCACGUCUGCAGGCACAACGGUCCUCCGCUGAGGACAGACCCCAGAUCCCCCCUCGUGUCCCUAUUCCCCCUCGCCCAAUAAAAAGGGGCGACUACUCCUUUGCCCGUUGGUCGAGGGACCUCUCUCUCUCCCUGAUCCCGGCCGACGUCUCCGAAGACAUUUCGAGCUCGGAGCGGGACCGGCCACCGCAAAUCCCUCCGAGGGAACCUUUGUCACAGCCUGGCUCCAGGACUCCCAGCCCAAGAGGCCUGGAGGUGGGCUCCCCGCAGCAGAGAGUCCACUCUGCCAGUCCCACCACCGCGUCCCUUGCCCUUACAACCUGCCACUCCACACACGCCUACAGCUCCUACCUCUCCACCUCUCCAGGUAAAUUGAUGCAGACUACGCACAGCUUUGCUUCAGAUCCCAAAUACGCUGCACCCAAAGUGAUCCAGGCACAGGGGACGGACUUUGUAAACAAGAGCCCCUGCAUCCUCCCCAUAGUCCGUGACGGACGAAAAGUCAGUAACACUCACUAUUACCUCCUGCCAGAGAGGCCGCCCUACCUUGACAAAUACGACCGCUUCUUUAGGGAGGCAGAGAGCCUGACUGGCAGCACUGUGGAGGCCAGACACGUACGGCAAGCUAACACCGCUACCGUCCGACCAAUGGUGCUCAGCACUUUGCAGGUGCGGGCCCAGGGACGGGGGAUCGCCCCACUGGGUGAGAUCAAGACUCAUUUGUCCUCCAACAAUAACAGCAAUCUUGGACAGUGGACGAGUGUUUGCGCAGAAAGUUUGACAGCACCGACGGGCACCGUUUAUUGUGCCACGGCAGACGCAUCGGAAAACUCGGCUGACAGAGUCAAAGUGGUGCAGGAGGCAGUUCACGGCGUGACGAUAGAAGAGUGCCAAACUGCCCUCCAGAACCACAACUGGAAUAUUGAAAAAGCUGUGCAUUAUCUGAAGGUGGAGCAGUUGUUUUGUUUGGGUCUGAGGAGCCGGCCCGAGUGCCUCAAGCUGCUCGAGACGUGCGACUGGAACUUGGAGCUGGCCGGCACUCACAUGUUGGAUGACUACGGAUCCGCAACACAACAGAGGCUGUAAGGAAACAUCUUGAGCUGCAGAACUUUGAUUGGAACUUCAUCCUCACCAAAACAUCUGUGGACAAUGACCCUUCGGAUUAUGCAAUUUUGGUUUUAAACCAAAUCUCGACAGUCAAACCGCACCUAUCAAUUGUCAAACAUCGAUUUCUGUGUGCAGGCCACAUUGUCCAAGAAAUUGGUUCGUCUUAUAAAAAAAAAGGCACAUGGACAUCAAGACAAAUGCUGGCUGAUAAACUCCUGCACGGGAAAAUAAAGUUGAGCAGAA